AUGUCACUAUUUUUAGGUCAAGCAUCUCAAUAUUCACAAGUAAGAGUAGAUCCAGAGAAGAUCAAACUAGCUGAUAUUCAAUUUCAAGCAAUGUCAUAUACAUUUAAUAAACUUUUAGUGAGAUGUGAACAAAAAUGUUUAGUUCAUGAAUAUGGUGAAGGAGAAUUAUCAAAGGGAGAACUGGAAUGUAUUGAUAGAUGUGUUACAAAAUAUGUUAAAGCUAAUUUAAUAAUUGGUGAACACUUUCAAAAACAAAGAAUUGAUGCUUUUAAUACAAUGCCUGAGUAUAUUAAAAUAAAAGAAAUAAUAGGGAGUGGUGAUAGUGGGAAGAUAUAG